ACGUGUUCACGUUCACCUCCCCUACCAACGACACAUCGGCGCGAGCGAUCGAUCUCUCUCCCGGAGAUGGCAUCCGUCCGGCCGUGCGCCGCCGCGUCGCUGCUGCUCGCCGCCGCCACCGCUUUCCUCGUCGGCGCGGCGGGCGGCCAGCAGCUGAGCCCGGACAGCCCCAUCCUGAGGGACCCCAACGUGAUCCCCAUCUACAUGACCCCUGGCUCGUCGCCCACCGUGGCGAGCUGCUACAACCAGAGCAACCCGGCGUCCGGCCCCGACUGCACCCUCGCGCCUCGCGCGUGCCCGCGCGGCUGCCGCGACAUGUGCUACGUCCACUGCCCCUCCUGCAAGCUCGUCUGCCUUUGUGAGCUGACCGGCACGGAGUGCUACGACCCGCGGUUCGUCGGCGGCGACGGCAACAAGUUCCUGUUCCACGGGCGCAGGGACGCCGACUUCUGCCUGCUCUCCGACGCCAACCUCCACAUCAACGCGCACUUCAUCGGCAAGCGCAACGCGGCGUCGGCGCGGGACUUCACCUGGGUGCAGGCGCUCGGCAUCCGCUUCGGCGGCCACCGCCUGUACCUCGGCGUGAGGAGGACCGUCCGGUGGGACGCCGCCGUCGACCGCCUCGUGAUCACCUUCGACGGCGCGCCCGUCGAGCUGGGGGCCGCGCCCGCCGCCAGCUGGAGCCCGGCGUCCGCUCCCGCGCUGUCGGUGUUCCGCACCGGCCCGGCCAAUGGCGUGGUGGUGCGCCUCGACGGUCAGUUCCGCAUCGUCGCCAACGCGGUGCCGGUCACCGAGGAGGACUCGAGGAUCCACGGCUACGCCCUCACCCCGGACGACAGCCUCGCCCACCUCAACGUGGCGUUUAAGUUCUACUCCAUCAGCGCCGACGUGCACGGCGUCCUCGGCCAGACCUACCGCCCCGACUACGUCAGCGCCGGCGUGGACGUGGGUGCCAAGAUCCCGGUCAUGGGCGGCGCCGGGAAGUACGUCGUGUCCGACAUCUUCGCCACGGACUGCGAGGUGGCACGCUUCGCCGGCGAGGACGGCGCGCUCACCUCGCCGGUCGGCAUGGUCGACGAGCCAGCCGACGCGCUCUGCGGCAGCGGGAAGGGCAGCGCCGGCCUGGUCUGCAAGAAGUGAGGUAAGUGUAGGAGCUGGUUUUGCUCGGUGCUUAACUAUAUCUGCUCACGUGCUUAGCUGCGCGCUGCUACGGUUAUUGGUAGUAGUUCUAAGAAUAAAAGAUUUGGUAAUUUGUCGUGUGUUUAGUUGUUGGGCAACGCAGGGAUCUAUACGAAGUGUUUUCUCAUUGCCAUGAUUUGGAGUUUAGGAUAAGGUCGGCAUGAUUCGAGCUUCAAA